AUGAAAUAUGGAACACAAAACUUACAUCUAAUCACCCAAUUAUUUGACAAUUUAGAGCCUAGACUCGAUGUCUGCCUCAAGCAUGCUGUCAUGUGCACAGCAGUACCCAUAAGAUUUCUCACUACUACUAUCACUGACACCCCUCUGUAUAAACCAAUUCAGUGCAAGAGUCAAUACACCAAUCAUCAUCACCUCUUUGUCAAGAAGAUGUUUUUUGCAAUUACACCAGCCUUAACACUGCAUGAUUCAUUUUUUUCUCCCCUUGUCAUCAUCUCUGUCAAUUUAAGGAGAUGGGGUGCAUUCGAUGUGUGCAUCCUAGCAAAGUGUGAUGACCACUGGAUCACAUCACUGAAUGCUGACUAUGUUCCCCAACCCUUCAUCUUUGAUGGAGAAACAAUCAUGCCCCUACAUGAUGGACAGUUCAGCCAUAUAGACUGUUUUCAAUGGCCACAGUUGUUUGCAGAAUGCUACACAUGGAGUCUGAUUCAUGCUGACAAGUGGAAGUCAAUGGAGACCAUUUGUAAUCGACUAGAUGAACAUUUGCAAGAUUGGCUCAAGAAGCACCCCCACUACAAAGAAUAUCUGGACACAGACUUUGACCCUGCUAUGGGCACUUUCAUCGAUUCAUUUGACCACUGGAUUGGGGCAUUCAUGACAGACCCCAACAUUUGCCAGUGCCUUUUUGAAAUAUGCAUGCCUGUCUGGAUGGUCUGGAAACCCAAUCAUGUACCCCCAGACAUGCAAGUGUUGAAGACCGUCGAGAUUACACACCCUCAUGACAUAGUCAUGGAUCCUGAGGUUUUUGAGGUCAGGCAGAUGCUGAAAUGGCACAGCACCUGGUACAACCCUGGUGAAUUGCACCACAGGCACACUCAACAAGGCCCAGCAAUUGGGCUCGAGCAAUUUGCAGCUCCCUGGCCGGAACCACUGCACACCAGCAGUGGUGUGGCCUCAACUCCCACAAGCAUGGGUCCCAUGGCUUCCAAUGCUGCAAGUUCCAGUGGUGCAAGUUCAAAUCCCCCUGUGGGCUUGAGAGGAGCCAAGCUGUUGGUUGUUCUGAAUCCUGAACUGUGGGAAGACCUCAGCAAUCCAGCUAUUCCCCCUACUAUGUCUGCAUGGUAUGCUGCCCUGAAGGACAUGAAUAAGGAUGCAAAAAGGGUUAGUCCCAACAUGCCCAAGGUAGCUUACUUCUUUCCCAGCCUGAGUCUGUUUGUGAGGGGCAAGUCCUCCAAUCGCCAGCAGAGACCUCACAUCAAUCAGAUGAUGAAAAGCAAGAUUUUAUGGGAUUUAUAUGAACACAACUUCCAGUUUGAGUUGGUCACUCUUGACCAUGUGAUGAUGCCUAGCUUGUGGUCGAAUCAGGAUUCAGAGUGGCUCAAUCAUGUCCAGCAGAUUUUCCCUGGUGAUUUGGAACUCACCAUGUGUGCUGAGCCUUUCCCUCAGCAAAAUCAAGGCCUUGGCUCAUCUGACUUGCAAUUGAAAUGGGAGUAUGUAGAGAAGCUCUGGGCAUUACUUGCUGUAUGGCCAGGAUGCCCCUUGGACUUGGUGGAGCCAAUUAUGCCAUUAGUGUCAUUGUCAUGUGUCUGGGCAAUGGAAAAGAAGUUGGCUAUAUUUUAUGCACAGUCAUUCUUUGAUACUUUUGGUCAUCUGCCCCUUCUUCCCUGCCUUAUUCCAACUGCACUGUGUGGUUACAGUUCAAAUGGUUGGUAA